GCUGAACCUAUAAAAGAGAUGGGACUUCUAGCUAAAAAGACACACUCGAUUCUGUUUCCCAAUCAGUUGAUAAGGCUAGUUUAUCAGCAUUCUGUGUUUCUUGGGAGGCUCGAAGAACGGCUCAAUAAUUGGCAUCAUGUUCAGAAAAUCGGGGAUCUGUUUUCUGGGUUUAAAGAGGAAACAAAAGGAGGUCUCUUCAAAGUUUACCUCAGCUAUAUUACCCACUUCCCCCUACUGUUCGAGAAGUUAUCUAAGAUGUCCACUACAAACGAACGGUUCAGACACUACAUACAGAAGUGUAGGCAGGAAGUGGCAGCCUGCCAGAGACUUUCUCUACUUUCUCUGCUCUACAAUCCUAUACAGAGACUUCCUCAGUAUCUAAUGCUUCUGAAGACCUACUCAAAACACUUAGACCCCCAACAUGCGGAUUGUGAUCCUGUCCAUAGUGCUACCACAUCUCUUCAGACCUUAUUAUUCAUGGCUAACAAGUUGUGUAACUUCCGAAAAGAAGGUCCCGGAGCAAUUAAACUACCCCCCACAACCAGCGCCCCUCACCAGAGCUCAGAUCGGAGGUCAUCAGACUCUGCCACUCCGGACAACAACGCCACACCGGACAGCAACCACCCAGCUGUGGAGAGGAAACCCACCCACCACAGAAAACUGUCAACACUGCUCAAUGUUCUUACUUUUAGCAGCGUUAUAAAGAAGAGGAAGAAGGACAGGGAUAAGAAUGCGAACAGUUCUAGUUGUGUUUCCUGUAGUACUGACUGAGAGCGUCCUAGUUCUAGUUGUGUUUCCUGUAGUUACGCUGACUUAGAACGUCGUAGUUUUUAAAAUCGAUUUCAGAUGAAAUUUUGUGGUGUUUCACAAAAUUAUCAAUAAAAUGGUUGGAUUGUUUAUGUUAUAGUAAUAUUGGUUGAUUUAAGGUCUAGGGUAAAAUAUUUUCUACCGAUGGCUCGACGAGAGAAAAUACUGUUUUAAGGAAAAUCUAAAAUGUCUAACUCAUUUAUCAUUUCAAGACAGCUAUCUUUUUAACCAUGACAACGGCUACAUGUUACCAUAACAACGGUUACACGUUUUCAUGCAGUGUCUCCAGUCCUCGUUAUCAGGAUUACAAACGAACUUGUUCUGUGGAUACUCCGUGCACUCAACCCCCCAAUCGUCAGCACACUGAAAAUAUUAAAUCAGUCUCUUCCUCUUAGAUUAUAACUUGUGGAUUCUGGUAGGGAUCGAGUGAAGAGUGACAGUGAUUCUGGGGUUUGAUUGGUCAAUAGUGCUAUAGUGGAUACUGAUUGGUUAGUUGCUGUCACGUGUCAAAUAUCCCCAAGAAUCUACAAGUCUGACAUCAUCAAAGUUUUAGGAUGAUUUUACUUUUUUUAACAAUAUCAUUAAUAAAUGAAUUUAUUCGGGGUAAAUACACUAAUUGGAAUGGAGCUAGUUUACUAAGAUACUAGUUUGGCUAGAUUUGACUAGUAUAACCCUGGUGGCAGAAUACUUUAUUAUUCUAAAGUUCUAUAG